AUGCUGCGUAAUUCGACCAUAUUCAUCCGUGAUUCCCAGGCCAGCCCGGAGCUGCGCAACGAGCCUAUCCCUCAGGCCGGCCCCUACGACGUCGUCGUCCAGGUACACGCAGCAGCACUCAACUUCCGCGACCAGGCCAUGCUCAGCGGCGCCUACGGUGCUACCGGCUCCAACAACGUCCCCCUAUCCGAUGGUGCCGGCGAGGUGAUUGCAGUCGGAGGGCAAGUCACACGCGUCCAGGUUGGUGAUCGAGUCGUCGCCCAUUGCUUCGAGCACUGGAUCGGCGGCCCCUUUAUGCCCGAGUUUUAA